CUUGUUCGCUCCGAAACGCGAACGACACAGAAUAAACAAUUGAAAGAAUUCGUGAAUUCUGUGGGGAUUACUUAAGCGAACGAUUAUCGCUUUCCCUCAAACAAGUUCCAGUGUAGCCGGCAUCGGCAUCUGUUCAUUCGUUUGCGUUAAUGCAUUUUAGAAGCUUUCCUAUUUUAAAUAAAACUCUAAAAUUAAAAAUUAUAAAUUUUUUUGUUCGGCACGAAGGAUCUGGGGCCGCUGCACAGCGAACAGCACCAUCAUACGGUUGUAAUCCAGUUGCUGCAGGAGAAGUUGGCAACCGCACAUUUUCCACUACAACAACUAAGUGGAAGGCAACAAGCUGCCCCAAGAUGGCAGUAGAUUUAAAAUUCAAUGCCUCGCUUACCAAAAGUGAUCCACAUUUUAAGCCAGUGUUGAUUAUUGGUCAACUGAAGCAUUUGAAUCUACUCAAAUUUUCCGAUGUUGCUUGCAAAUUGGAACCUCGCGUCACCGAGGACACAUUUAACAAAGCCGUGUCGUGCUUACAUCCCUCGCCGACUGAUAAAAUAUCAUUGUACUUGGACGUAGCCACCGUUGCUGCGGUACCCCUUAAGUGUUCACGUCACAAUACACCUUCUCGAGCCCAUGCCAUAACACGUUUGGUAAAGAACAACGUUCUCAACGUUAGUGAGGAAAGUAUUGUCAUCGUUUGCGAAAAAGCAGACCUCUUCGCUAGCGCCUGUGCCGUAGUCCGUGCUUUUUCCCUAUAUUCCCGCAAGACUACAAACAAUGUUAGCAGUCCUUCGUAUAAUCGUGCUGUUGAUCAAGACGUGCCAAUGAAGAAUGCCGGUGAUAAUUCAGUCGUCAGCAUUGAAUUUGUCAUUAUUGAAAAGGACGGAUCGGUCUCUGAGACCCCAUUAGAUGCUUCUGAACUUUGCUGUUUGGAGGUAGCAGCCAAAGGGGUCCAAUUAGCAGCUCGCAUUGUUGACACCCCAUGCAAUGAAAUGAAUGUUGAUCAUUUCGUGCAAGAGGCAGAAAUAAUUGGCUACGAACUUAAUAUCAAACCGCUAGUAAUAAGAGGCGAAGAAUUACGUGAACGUGGUUUUGGUGGCAUCUAUGGCGUUGGAAAGGCAGCCGCUGUGCCACCUGCGUUGGUAGUGUUGUCACAUGAGCCAAAAGGCGCCCAAGAAACUAUAGCCUUGGUUGGCAAAGGUAUUGUUUAUGACACUGGCGGUCUUAGCAUUAAAGGUAAGACUGCCAUGCCUGGCAUGAAGCGUGAUUGCGGUGGUGCAGCAGCAAUUUUGGGUGCAUUCUAUGCAGCGGUAAAAUGUGGAUUUAAAGAAAAUCUUCAUGCUGUGUUUUGCAUGGCGGAAAAUUCUGUAGGCCCAAAUGCAACAAGACCUGAUGACAUCCACACAUUGUACUCUGGACGUACAGUGGAAAUUAAUAAUACUGAUGCCGAGGGACGUCUGGUAUUGUCCGAUGGUGUUGCAUAUGCCCACAAAGAUCUAAAGGCGAACAUAAUAUUGGACAUGGCAACACUGACUGGUGCCCAGGGCAUUGCUACUGGAAAAUAUCACGGCGCCAUACUGACAAAUUCUGAAGAAUGGGAAAUUAAGUCCCUCGAAGCUGGACGUAAAUCUGGAGAUUUAUUGGCGCCCUUAGUUUACUGCCCCGAAUUGCAUUUCUCCGAGUUUGCAUCGGCCGUUGCCGACAUGAAGAACUCCGUUGCGGACCGCAGCAAUGCUCAAUCGUCUUGUGCUGGCUUGUUUGUAGGAGCUAACCUGGGAUUCGAUUAUCCAGGCAUAUGGAUGCAUGUAGAUAUGGCCACCCCUGUCCACUGUGGUGAACGUGCCACAGGUUAUGGCGUGGCAUUGUUGCUGGCUUUGUUUGGUAGCCACACCAACUGCAAGAUGUUGCAAUCGAUUGCAUGCAGUGACUCUGAACCACCACCGAAACGCAUCUGUCGCGACUAAAUUAUUGGCUGAAGCAGCUCUGCCAUUGAGCGACAUAAUCGCUUUCCAGAAUGAAAUAAAUCUUGAAUGCUAUUAUUUAGUUUCCAUAUAUUAUUCAUUUCAAUGUUGUUCAUUUUCAAAAAAAAUGGAAAACAUUCAAGUAACAUUAAUCGAACGAGUAAUCUGUAAUGCGUUUAAUUUUAAUUUUCAGAUAUUUACAUUCAUUUUUUGUGGUCUGAUCUAUAAUAUAAAUAAAAAGAAUUGAAUUCAAAAUGUACUGAUAUUAA